UGAAGCAGCAGAGCAGAGCAGAGGUUCAUUACAAGGAAUCCAAGAAUAGAGAGACAGGAAAACGAUAAUCAGGAAGCUCGCGAUUCUCCCAAUGCAUCGUGCCUGCGCCUAAUCUACAUUACUCUCCAGAAAAGAAAGAGUCGGACAACACUGUGUGUGUAUACAAGAAUUGGAUGGACAUCAGUCAGAAUCGUAUUAUCUAUUAAUUGUUGAGGCAUUGGAAGCAAGCAAACCCCAACUCCCCCCAAAGAUUCUCUUAUCUAAUACUUCACGCUUCCGCAACAUUAGGUUCUUCUUCUUCGCGUCAGUGUGUUGUGAGGAAACAUCCAUGGAUGAUCAGGUGGUGCAGCGGGUAUUCCAAGAAGGGGGCCGUGAUUUCUACCAGCAGGAGCCUUCAACUUCUUCGUCUUAUUCGUCCAUUCUCCAGUCUCUGCCGCUGCACGUGUCUUUUGAUCGUGGAUACUACUUGCUGGUGAAAUCUAUUCAAGAACUUAGGUCCAAGAAAGAGCGUGUGGUUACAGUUGGAAUUGGAGGUCCUAGUGGAUCAGGAAAAUCGAGCUUAGCUGAAAAGGUAGCCUCUGUAAUUGGUUGCAAUGUUAUAUCAAUGGAGAACUAUCGCACUGGAGUUGAUGAUGGGCAUGAUUUGGAUUCUAUAAAUUUUGAUCUUCUAAUGCAGAAUCUUGAGGACUUGAUAAGUGGCAGGGAGACAUCAAUUCCAGUGUUCGAUUUUCAAGAAAGAAAACGCGUUGGUACAAAUGCUGUAAAAAUCAUUUCAUCUGGGGUGGUUAUUGUUGAUGGUAUUUACGCCCUGCAUGCAAAGCUACGUUCUUUGCUGGAUAUAAGAGUUGCAGUGGUUGGUGGUGUUCACUUUAGUUUACUUUCCAAAGUUCAAUAUGACAUAGGAGAGUCUUGUUCGCUGGACUACCUCAUUGACAGCAUUUUUCCACUCUUCAGAAAGCAUAUUGAGCCUGAUCUUCAUCAUGCUCAGAUCAGAAUUAACAACAGUUUCGUUUCGUCAUUUAGAGAGGCAAUUUACAAGCUCAAAUGUAAAAGCGAGUCUCACAGUGGACGGGCUGCCUACAUUUUUCAUGGAAAGGAUACACAAAUAGACAAUUUUAUUGAGAUGUAUUUGAGACCACCUUCUGCGAGUGAAGAAGCACGAAUAAAUGAUUGGAUCAAGGUGCGGCAAUCUGGUAUUAAAUACUACCUUUCGCUGGGUGAUCAAAGGCUUGUUGACAAAUAUUUCAUCAUCCGUCCGAAGGCAGAAUUUGAGGUUGGCCGGAUGACUCUUGGGGGUUUGCUAGCCUUGGGAUAUACAGUGGUUGUUAGCUAUAAAAGAGCAUCAACUACAGUCACAGAUGGCAAUCUUUCAGUGUCGUUGGAAACAAUUGAUGCUCUUGGAGAAACCUAUUUGGUGUUCAGAGGCACCAAUAGAAAAAUAGUUGGGACUGAAUCAUCAAGGCUGGGCAUCAAUGGGCCAUGGAUUACAAAAUCGUAUCUCGAGAUGAUCCUUGAGAGACAAGGGGUUCCACGGCUUAAUACACCACCACCGGUGUUACAAGCAUCUCCUGUUGCAACUCAAGAAAGGUUGGUUUCAGCCCCAAAGCCACUCCGCAUAACUCCAAACCUGGUCAAUCGGUUUGAGGAUUUAUCUCUGCCAUGGACUCGAUCACCUACAAAAUCUAAGAUGGAACCUUUCAUGGCAACAUGGCAUUUUAUCUCUUCAGAUCCUGUCACAUCUGAAGGAUCUCUCAGUGAUUCUUCUCAUAAAACAACCACAGGUCCUCCCUCUUCCAAGGACAACCUACGACUUGCUCCAAUGCCCGACUCAUACGACUUGGAUAGAGGGCUGCUUCUUGCUGUACAAGCUAUACAAGCAUUGCUGGAGAAUAAGGGCCUACCAGUUAUAGUCGGAAUUGGAGGUCCAAGUGGGUCGGGGAAAACGAGCUUGGCCCGUAAAAUGGCAAAUAUUGUUGGUUGUGAAGUUAUCUCGCUUGAAAGCUAUUAUAAAUCUGAACAAAUGAAGGAUUUUAAGUACGAUGACUUCAGUUCUCUUGAUCUGGCUUUACUGUCAAAAAACAUUGAUGACAUAAGAAACUGCUAUAGAACAAAAGUACCUGUAUUCGAUCUGGAGACAGGUGCUCGCAGUGGUUUCAAAGAGCUUGAAGUUUCCGAAGAUUGUGGUGUGGUAAUCUUUGAAGGCGUUUAUGCGUUGCAUCCUGACAUCCGGAAGUCUCUGGACUUAUGGAUUGCUGUUGUUGGAGGGGUCCAUUCACAUCUCAUAUCCCGGGUUCAAAGAGACAAAAGCAGAGUCGGGUGUUUCAUGUCCCAAAAUGAAGUUAUGAUGACAGUGUUUCCAAUGUUCCAACAACACAUCGAACCCCAUCUUGUCGAAGCCCAUCUGAAAAUCAGAAACGACUUCGACCCUGUUCUCUCGCCUGAAAGCUCAUUGUUUGUGCUCAAGAGUAAUAACCAUGUUGCAUACCAAGACAUUCUGAAAAUUCUUGAUCCUGCUAAGAUCUGUAGCUCUGUUCAAAGUUUCAUCGACAUAUACCUUAGGCUAUCGGGAAUGACAGCUAAUGGACCACUAACCGAAAGCGAUUGCAUAAGAGUUAGAAUAUGCGAAGGUAGAUUCGCACUGCUGAUCCGAGAGCCUAUCAGAGAAGGAGACUUUAUAAUUCAACCGAAAGUAGAUUUCGAUAUCAGCAUCAGCACAGUUGCCGGCCUUCUUAAUCUCGGGUAUCAACCGGUGGCAUAUGUCGAAGCAUCUGCCUAUAUUUACCAAGACGGAAAGAUUCUUAUUGAGAUUGAUCACUUACAAGAUGUCCCGAAUGCAUACCUUCAAAUUAAGGGUGUCAACAAAGAAACAGUUGUAGCUGCCGGUUCUACUCUACAGCUGGAUGGUUCCUACACCACAAAGAGCUAUCUUGAGAUAAUUCAGGAGAACUUACCGGAAGCCGGGAGGAGUUCAAGUGGGAUUCAUUCUCAGCAAGCUGCUCGACUGCAAGAACUCGUCGAAUACAUACAAUCACAGGGUAGCAGUUCAGUUUCAGAAUCAUCUCCAAGUCGAGAAGCUUCUCAGCUGGAAGGCGUAAUCGAAGAGAUGCAGAUGAAGAUCAGACGACUCGAAAGAUGGCAUGCCAUUAACACUGUUCUUUGGACAUUUUUAAUGUCGGCAUUUGUUGGAUAUUCGCUCUACCAGAGAAGGCGCCAAUAACUCAAACCGACCAACAGACAAAUCGUUGGGAAUCGGCGUAUCUUUGAGAUUUUAUUUCCAAAUGUAAACCACAGAUGCUUCUAAACCUCACAAACACACACCUAUCUGGACAAAGCAUUGAGUAAUAUGAUAAUAAACUCAUGUAGGAUAGAAUUCUACUUGUCCGAACACUUGAAGCUAAUUGUCACAUUUUGAUCAUUUUAUACUUAAAGAAAAAAUCACAGUAUACAAGAGAAUUAAAAGCGUA